AUGGCAGAAGAAGCGAUACUAGGGUACCUGGAGAGCAAUGAGCAGAUCCCGGAUUCGCGUCAGUUCUCUGCCGAGCACAACUUUGACCACGAUAGUGAAGUCUGUAACGUCAUCAAAAGCCUCCUGUGUGAUAGUCUCAUAGAGGCUCAGGGAAUUAAAGGGAAGGCAUGUGUUUUACUUGAAGAAGGGAUGAAAUAUGCUCAACAAGGAUCACCAGAGGUACAACUUUUCUUAGCAGUGCCGGAAGAAGGAAGCAUAUCAGUGGUUGAGCUCAAGGAAAGGCUAGGUGACUCGUACAGCAAUUUUUCAUGGAAGGCUAAAGAAAACAAGUGGGUGGAAUUGACAGGAAACCGAGUCUCGAGGAAGGUUCAACAUGUAGAAGAUAAAGUGAGAGGACUGCUUUUACAGAUACAAGAAGGGGAGGAAAUUGACGAAGCCAGUAUCAAUGUUCUUGAACGUAGACAACUCAUAAAAUCAAAGACAUGGAACGCUUAUAUAGCCAUUACUAAAGGUCCUAAGUAUGCUCCCGAGAGACCCAAGCUCGCCACCGAUUUGACUCGAGAAAAUAUAGCAAACUGGAAAGAGUUAAAGUUUAAGGAGUGUAACAUCAAUGCUAAAGGAGCGCCUGUUGAGGGUGGUCAUCUUCACCCCCUUCUCAAGGUGCGGAAGCAAUUCAAAGACAUAUUUGUUCAGAUGGGGUUUGAGGAGAUGCCAACAAAUAAUUACGUGGAGAGCAGCUUCUGGAAUUUCGAUGCAUUGUUCCAGCCUCAGCAGCACCCUGCUCGUGAUUCUCACGACACCUUCUUCUUAAAAGAUCCUUCUGAACCAAAGGCACUUCCAGAAGAUUAUGUUGAGAGGGUGAAACGUGUUCAUGAGUCUGGUGGAUAUGGAUCAAGAGGGUAUAAUUGUGAGUGGAAGAGAGAAGAAGCAAACAAGAAUCUUCUCCGUACUCACACAACAGCUGUCUCCGCUAGGAUGCUUUAUGCACUAGCACAGGUCUCACUAGACUCUUAG